UAGAGAGAGGCAGACAUCGCGAAGUGUUAAGUCAUUGUGAUCUUCAAGUCUGUCACCGGUGGCUUAUGUGACACCUGUAUCCCUACUGUAACCUGUAAAUGGUUAACAACAUUGCCGAGUCCCGGGUGAUGUGUAGUAUUACUCAUCACUGUAUUGGUCCUUGGGGUUUGACUAGUCUCGUGAUCAUGAUGAGGACAUGCAAAACAUCCAGCUGAUGAUAUGUUGAGGAGCUCCAUGGCAGCUGUGAUGAGAGCCGUUGUUGUACGUGAGUUUGGGGGUGUGAAGAAGAUGAAGGUGGAGACAGACAUGCCAGCACCAUCUGUUGGGGACCACGAGGUACUGAUCAAGGUGCAUGCCAGCGGGAUCAACCCAGUGGAUACCUACAUACGGGAGGGCAUGUACGCCAGCCUGCCUGAGCUGCCCUAUGUUCCCGGCAAGGAUGGGGCAGGUGUAGUGGAGGCCCUGGGCGCUAAGGUCACUAAAUUCAAGCUUGGGGAUCGUGUGUUCUGCUCCAUCAAUGGCCGCUACGGAACACUGGCAAGCCUCACUAGUGCUCCUGAGACGCGAGUGUUUCCCCUGGGAGAAAAUUUGAGUUUUGAAGACGGUGCAAGUAUUGGCAUUCCCUACUUCACUGCCUGCCGAGCUCUCAUCCUCAAAGCCAAGGCCAAGAAGGGAGAGAGGUUGCUGGUGCAUGGAGCCAGUGGAGGUGUGGGGCUGGCAGCAGUUCAGAUGGGCAGAGAACUGGGCCUUCACGUGGUGGGGACUGCUGGCACUGAUGAGGGGAUCUCCCUGGUGAAGGCGACUGGUGCCCAUGAAGUCUUCAACCACCGUGACCCUAAGUACCUUAAGAACCUUGGCACUGAAAAGUUUGACAUCAUUCUAGAGAUGUUGGCCAAUGUUAACCUGGACAAGGACCUCACUCUGAUGAACCCACGAGGGAGAACCAUUGUGGUGGGGUCAAGAGGACCCACUCAGAUCAACCCUCGCAAUCUGAUGAUGAGUGAGAGUUCUGUCACUGGGGUUGCUCUUGGUACUUCCACUGAGGAGGAGUGGGCAGAGCUGGCAGCACACGUGGUAGCCGGCACUGAGUCGGGGUGGGUGAAACCACCAGUGCACAAAGUUUACAGUUUGGAAGAGGCAUCCCAGGCUCACCAUGAUAUCAUCCACUCCAAAGGUGCCCAAGGAAACCUGGUGGUGAGGGUGACUGAGUGAAUGAACCUCUCUCAAGCUUCUUCUCCUCCUUGACUCUAGUCCUCAGUGAAUUCAUGUGGCUGUGUUGCCUGUGGAAAAUAGUAAAGUGAAUAAAUAAAUCUAUUUAUUUGGUAUAUAUUAUAUACCAGGCCAGAAAUCCCACAUGAAGUGGCCUAGACAAAGCACAAUAAAAAUAAAUGAAUAAAUAAAUAAAAAUACAUAAACAUUAAUAUUCAGACUCUUAGUGGAGGAUUAAGGUAUUAUUGGAUAAGGCAUUUACUUAUGAUAUAUAACAAGAAGGAUUACAUUUAUGUGAAAGAAAGUAAAAUGUUGAGUGUAUGUGUGUAAAGUGUUGUUUUUUUAUGAUACUUUUAUUUGAAGCAAUUUUUUUUCAGGAUUACAGGUUUUUCUAAUGUCCUCAUUAAUUAAUCAAAUCAUACAAUCAAUGCUGUCUUUUUUCUUUAUCUUAUUUGCUUAGCAUUUUAAUGUCAUCCUGUGUGUGUAUUGGUAGUUUACUGCUUUAUAUAUUGCUUUAACACGCAACUUGGUUACAAAGACUGGCAGUUUACAGUCGUCAGUAUCAGGGACUUUUUGCAGUCAGAUGUUGGGUGAUACAGUAGUUCCUUUAUGCACGGUCAGGGACCACACACUCUCCCAGUCAAGUUAAUCUACCACACUCAUUUCCACUGUAUUAAAUGUUUUCCAUCAAUCUUAAGUUCCCUGAUCAGCUAAGAACCAAUCAGUUAUCAGGUUUCAUAAGAUCGUCAGCAGACCAGAGGGUUAGAGAUUGAAGGAAUAUGAGUAACACUGUAGAAACAAGUGGUGUGUUACUCGGGUAUUGACCAAACCAUAGUUAUGUGGCAUAUGGAUCACAUCACAAGCUUCCAGAUUCCUAAAGUACCUGAUUUUGUUACUGAAGUGGAGUAGUUCUACUUAUGUGAGGAAUACAUUUAAAUACUUAGCACAGGAAAUAUAAAGGCAAGCAAAGUAACUCGUAUGAUCACAAAUUGUCAUCAAACUUCCAAUUUAGUGAAACAAUUUGCCCUAAUAUAUUUUUUGUAUAUUGUAAUAUGUUUCUUCUCUUGCACAGAAGAGCAGAAGAGUAAAUAAAAUAAGAAUCUAU